CAGUUAACUGUUAUCGACAGAUAUAUACCAAUUCUUGUGUUAUUCAUCAUCCGCACACAAGAUCGGUGUAUUUGCCUGCGGAGUAAGGUGCUAGCGAAAUAAAAUAAUCGGACAUCCAUCUGGAGGUGUAGAUUGAUGAUGGGUUAGCCUAACAUCUGGAGCUUCGUAUCUUUACCGGGUCUUCAUUGAAAUAUUAGUCAUCAUGCCACGAGAGAGGAUUAAUGCAGACACCAUCGAAAUAGCCGUGGGAAAGAUAGUCCCUUAUCUAGAGGAUACAAGCAGUACUGCACACAAGGCCAUCUAUUUUGAUGGAUGUGAAGGGCUGGCUGCUUCGGCGGUGCUUAGAGCCAUAGCUGAACACCCUCCACCAUCUCUGUUGAAGAAAUUCGACAAGAUCAUUCACAUCGACUGCUCUAGGUGGAAAAGUAGAAGAGCACUCCAGAAGACAAUCGCACAAGAACUGAAGCUUCCUCGGCGGGUAAUGGAUAUUUUUGAUGGGCAAGAUGAAGAAGAUGAUUUCAGAGGGGUAGAUGAAACCUCCAGAGCUGAGAUUGGAGUCAUUGGGAGGGAGAUUCAUCGAGCCCUACAAGAACACAUAUGCUUAGUGGUCUUCCAUAAUGGCAGCAACAACAUGGUUGAAUUGACUAAUUUUGGCAUUCCUCCACCACAAAUGUUCGAUGUUAAGACAUUAUGGUCCUUUCGAGGGAGGCUUCGGCUCAACCCAGAACUUAGAAAGAAGGUGGAUAAUUCACAUCUUAUCCUUUACGAUGUGUGGAGCACUUAUGGGUGGAAUUAUUUGCUGAAAGAUGAGGCUAGAGAAAUUGCUGGGUACACGGAUAAUCUUGGUGAAGCGGUUGAACAGUGUUGCUUGUAUCUGCUGUCAUUAAAUUCUCAAGGAGGCAAUAUAUUGGACUACAACUGGGCCACCCAUGCUUCUAGCUACUGGGUCUGUGAUGGGAUUAUACAAGGAGGCCAUGGUGACGAAGCAUGGGAGGCUGCAGCUGCUCUGCAUCAACACAUAAAUAUAGAGGAUUAUUCGUCUAAUGCACUGCCCUCUUUUGGUCAUGAACUCAAGACUCCUCCUAAACGGUGGAUAUUUUCCAAAGAGAGCUCUGUUGUGCAUCCAGAGUCAACGUCGUUUUUCCUUGCUGCAGUCACAAGUGGAUCCGAUCCUACAUUAAGACUCUUACCCGAUGACAUGUUUCAUCAAUCGGACAAACUUCGGGUGCUCAAGUUAUGCCGCUGCUCCUUCAACUUUUCUUCACCUCCUUUUUGUUGUUGCCACAACUUAAGGUUACUUGGAUUAGAUGGCUGCAAGGAUCAGCGAGCAGAAGAAGAUGAGAAGCAAGAUAGACCAACAAUGGAAUUUUUUCAGAGCCUAUGGGUACUAGACAUAUGCCACACAGAUUGGGAGUUGGACUUGUCAGCAGACAUAAUAGAACAGAUGGCUGCAAACAUUAGGGAGGUACAUAUAAAGAAAGGAAGGAUUUGGUGCCACAGUUUUGCAUGGCGACAAUUGCAUAACCUUCACAAGCUUCGAGUAAUUGAGCCUACAAGCCCUUGGCAGACAGGCGAAAUGGAUGAACUCACAGACAUGGUUAAGUUGGAGUUCCUUGACUUGACUGGGGAUAGUACAAUUCAAGUUUUGCCAAGUAUGUCAGGGGCAACUAGUCUCAAGAUUUUAGUUCUUGAUGGUUGUGUUGGAUUGGAACAUGUUGGCCCUGAAGGACUGCCACCCUCACUUGAAUCCUUCAGCUUGGAUGCACGUGCCAGAGAGGGUCAUAAAAAGGAGGCCAAAAUCACCCGUAUCUCGUUGGCUGGUUGCGCAAGAUUGUUGAACUUCAGAUUGUGUGGAUCACUUCCAAAUCUUGAGGACAUAGAUCUAUCAUGCACAUUGGUAAAAACACUAGACCUGGAAGAUCAGGUGGUGCAGGCUCGAAGACUCCAAAAAAUUAUUCUAUUGGGAUGUAUGCAGCUCCUUUCCAUUCUAUGGCCAGAAAAUGGGAUGCCAAAAGAUACAGUUUUAAGUAUUGAUUCUUCAGUCUGCCAUGUCCAAGCAGAACCUCAUCAAGCAUAUGCUACUAUAGUGGACAUAAGGUUUCUUCAGACCUUGGUAUUAGAGAGUAAUGUUGACUUCUGUUGGAAGAGUGCAAGUUUCCAUUUGAAGCUAUGUGUCCCUUGUAGCAACAAAGUUGAGGGGCAAAGAAACAAGGAGAAUACUGCCACUGGUAGUAUUGGGCAGAUAAUGGGUCCUCCUCGACCAAAGUCAAUAAUACCCGGUGCUUACAUCACGUACAUGGAUGUCGCUGCUGACAACAUGAUUGUUGAUGAUGGCUAUAAUAGUGCACUGCAGUUUCAGCCGUUGGGCUCCCAUGUGGAGAUUGGUGAUGGAAUUAGUUUCACUAGAAUGGAGAGCACACGAGCAAUGAAGGCUACCAUCUUUGUGAUGAACAAGGCGGAGUCGUUGCAUGCGCACAACAAUUCUUUCAUUAAUACUGUCAUCCCUGAACAUAUGAUGUCCACAGAAAAUGAGCAACUUCUAUGGAGUCAUCUGAAAUCUUGUCACGUGGUGAGAUGCCCAAAGAUGCAUACGGUCUUCAAUAUUGAUCAGGGGUAUUACUACUUUGAAGAACUGGUGAACUUUUUGGCAGCAGAUCUCCUGAUGACCCAUUGCAUUUGGAGCAAAGAAAUCACGCAUGAUUUUCAAGACGGUCGUUCCUUUGCGAAACUGCAGAGCAUACACCUGUUCUCCUGCCCGAGGCUCACAUUUGUCCUCCAGUGGUACAGGUUAUACAUCUUGAGUAGCUUGGAGACCCUCCACAUCACCUUCUGUGGUGAUCUAAGGCAGGUGUUCCCCGUGGAGCCAGAGAUUCUGAAAAGAAUAGCUACAAGCCACCAUGAAGGUCUACUGGUAUUCCCAAACCUGAAGCAUGUCUACUUGCAUCAGCUCUUCAAGCUGCAACAUAUAUGUGAAGCCAAGAUGUUUGCUCCCAAGAUGGAGACCAUCAGGGUCAGGGGAUGCUGGGGUUUGAGGCGGCUCCCGGCUGUCGGCCGAGACAGCCGUCCAGUUGUGGACUGCGAGAAGGACUGGUGGGAAAAGCUGGAGUGGGACGGGCUAGAGGCUGGCCAUGACCCUUCGCUCUUUGAGCCACGUCACUCGGCGUACUACAAGAAGCCCCUGCCUAGAGGAUCAGUUCUCUGGUGAGCUGAACAAGCUGUUCAGUGAUGGAACCAUUUGUUUGGGCCUUCACUGUGCUGUGUAGGCUUGAUUGAUGGAUGGCGGCAGAGCCUAUGACGACGGCCCGGCGUCUCGCUACUUUCCACCGUUUCCACCGUGCAAGCCAAAUCGGAUGUGUUGCUUCCCGGGAGGUGGUUGUGUUGUGCCUGUGUUUCCUUGCUGAAGAAUAAAGUGGUGCUGUCUUGCUUGCUUGAUGCUGCACCUUGCAUGCAUGCUUAGUCGAUCGUUUUGUGUGUGUCUCCGUUCUCAAGACUUAUGUAUCAUUGUUUUGUUGGUGUGGUUUGUUUUCUGCUCAUGUGUGUGCUGCCUGAGUAUGCCGCUCAGAUCCGAGUUUGCAAUGUGUGUUGUCAUUCGAUCAGAUUCAGUACAUCAGCAUGCAUGUGUACGUAUGCUGGACUGAGAAUGCCAAAAGAUCUUGGUGUGAUGUACUACAUGCCAAAAGAACUGAGUACGUAUUUAUUUAUUUGGUUCCAUUACCUAGAGAUUGGUCUCAA